AUGGCGUCUUUCGUUCUCUACCUUUCCGCAACUGUGCUGUUCGCUCAGUCCACAGUCGCUUCAAACUGCACUAAGAAACCGAUAUAUGUCGAUAUCCACAAGCGGGCCGUACACGAUUCGCCAGUCUUCCAAUAUGGAUCCUUCAUCGGACUAGGGACGCCUGCACAAAAUCAGAGUCUUUGGCCAUCACUACAACAAAACCAUAUCUCCUUCGCGUCAAGUAACUAUUGCAAAGAGGCAAACACGACGCUCAAGGAUUGCGAUAGAAAUACAGGAGGCUUUUUCAACGAUCGAGAUUCGGAUAGUUUCGAGAACGACGAAAACUUCCAAACACUAGACGAUGAUCAAAAAGGAUUUACGGGGUUCUUCGGCCAAGAGACCCUACGAUUAUAUACACAUUACUUCGAGACGGACGGCGCGUCGCAGACAUUACUAGGAAACACCACCGUUGAAGUCGCUGAAUCAGGAUCGAUCACACCUGGAAGGGUUGGCAUAGGGCCAUCUUCAACGGUGCUACGAGAUCUCGUUGCGCAGGAUAUAAUUGCUGGUAAAACGUAUUCGCUCUAUAUCGGUCAAGGAUUUGAACGAGCUGGGGGCGCAGUCAACGGCAGCAACGUCUUUGGAGGAUAUGACUCUGGUCGCUUCACUGGAGAACCGCACAAAUACCCAAUGAACAUCAACAACCCUAGUCCGAUGAGCGUUCGCAUCAAAGACAUUGUUAUCACCAACACGGAGGACAACGCAAAUGUAUCACUCUUCGACAACACAGUCUUCACUGACAUGGAGACGCGGGCAGAGGACUUCGAGGCCCAGAUCACGACUGAGCAGUUCCCAUUCUCUCUACCCUAUCAGAUCACCCAAAACUUCAUCAAACGGCUAGGCGCUGAGCAAGAUAACAAAUGGGGCGACAACUCGCUGAAGUUGAAGAACGCUUUUAACGGUUCACUCUCUAUCGUGCUCGAGGAUGGCUUCACUGUCACCCUCCCGCCAGAAGUCCUUAUGAACGCCUCGAACAUCACACCCAUCCAAGAUCGCGAAGAGUCAGCAGACACGCCGUUCUACCUCGGCACCGCUUUUCUAGGACAGGUCUACUUGAUGGCCGACUACGAAACUAACAACUUUUUCCUCGCUGAAGCCAUUCAAAAGAACAACAUGGUUAUGCCAGUAACUUUCUGCCCCAAAUCUACCCCCACAGCCUACGAACGUCCCAAACAGUCCGCAUGGCAAAGCCAAGGCCUGAUUGGUGCAGUUAUCGGUGGUGUGGUCGGCGGUAUUGGCAUAAUUUGCGCAAGCUACUGUAUAUGGAUCACAUGGAUGCGAAAGAAGGAUGAACGGAACCUGAAGAGGGAGUUGAAGAGAAACUCACAAAGAAAGAUGGAACAGAUGGAUAUCGAAGAGGCACAACCAAAGUUCGAUCCACCACCAAGGAGUGUGAACGCAGCGAAAGCCAUGUUUUGGAGGAAGAACAAGCCGGGGUUGACUUUUUGA